CGAAAAAGCCCUCGUUCUUAUUGUCUCUCUCUAAAUUUCGCUCUGCUCUCGACCACCCCCAUUGAAUUUGAACCCAUUCCCCUAUUUCCUUCUCUCUCUCUCCUCUCUCUCUCUGACUCGCUCACAAAAUCACAAACUCACUCACCAUAUUAUCAAUUUUAAUCACUUACACAAAACCCACUCUCCCCUCCCUCAAAUUUACCCGCCAAAAAGCUUUAUUCUCCCACACAAAGUUUUCAUCUUUUCAAAUCCCCAAACCCCAACGGCUAAACCUCUCCAUCUCUCCCUCUCUCUCUCUCUAGGGUUUCUCUCUCGAGCCCUCUCUCUGUCUCCUCUACCCCCAAAACGGCGUCGUUCAUAGGCUUCGCUCGCUCGCCCCUUCAAUCAUGGAUCCGACCUUGAACGCCGAAGCUACCGAGCCGCCUGCGGUUUCAGUCGCGGAAAAGAGGCCGAUUCAGAAUGGAGCUGAAGGAGAAUUGGGGACCCAAUUCAACAAGAAGCCCAGAUUGGGACCCAAUUCGGAGAAGGACCUCAGGAGAGUGGCGGAGAUUGUGUUGGCCUUGUCGACAAUGGCCAAGAUUCGAGGAGGGAAGAAGCCCACGGAGCCCGAGAUUGGACUUAUGGGGGAAGCUAGGUCGAAGCUGGUGGAGCUAUGUGAAGGCUUGGCGCCUAAGGAUAUUGUGGCUAGGGAUGCAAUUGGAGCUGUCAUUGAGGAUUUGGGGCUUAAUGGCAAGCUUAAGGAACAGAGAUUAGGGUUUCGGGGAACCAAGUUGACCAUCGCUGAGAAGUUUUCGCUGACAAAGAAGAAGAUGGAAGAAUCCAAGAAAUACUCUGCACAACCUGCUACAUAUCCAUCUCCCCCAUUAAAAACAAACUUCAAUGCAGCAGCUGAAACCCAUGGGAUGUCACAUACUGUUCGUAUGAGUCCAACAGACAAACCAAGUCAUGCACCGAUCUCCGGAGGUUUCCCAGUGUCUUCUUCUGUGGUUCAUGUAUCUACAGUAACUCCUACAUCUGCACAGUAUCAGUUGCCUACCAAUGAAGUUAGAGCAUCCAUGGUUUCUAGUGGUUUGCCUAGCAGUCAUCUAGGAAGGGAUUCUUCUUCCCCUGCCUUGCCUAGAGUUGAAAGAGCACAGUUCAGAUCAGAUGGAGGACCAAAUGGUCCUUCUUAUGCAUUUCAAGUACAAGCAAAUUCUUCUGCAAAUCAUCCACCAGUGAAUGCUCCAACUUGGUCAGUUCAAACUCAAUCUGCUAAAAGUGGAAUGGAAUACAAGGUGCCAAAUCAUACUUCUGUCAAAGCUGAAGGAAAUGCUGGUAUGAGUAUGCCACAGAUGACUCCUGUAGCAGCACGAGAUCAGAAUAUUAGGCCAUUUGUCUCUCAAACAGCUUCUGGAAAUUUACCUGGUGUACAGCAGCCUUUGCAACAGAUGCACUUUGUUCAAGCUCCUUCAGUUCCUAAUAAUCACAAUGAGAUUGCGAAAAUUAUUCAGAAAUUAUUACAACCACAGCCUCCUGAGCAUCCUACAUGGAUUCCUCCAUCAAGGGAUUACAUGAGUAAGGCUUUGACUUGCCAAAGUUGCCAGAUUACCAUCACUGAGGUAGAAGGUGUUCUUAUUUGUGAUGCAUGCGAGAGAGGAUACCACAUAAUGUGUGCACAGUCAGCUAAUCAGAGAGGAAUUCCUAGAGGUGAGUGGCACUGCAUGAGGUGCUUGUCGCUAAGCAAUGGAAAGCCUUUGCCUCCUAAAUAUGGACGUGUGAUGAGAAGUAACAUACAAGUAAAAAUCCCUUCCAACACAGCUGGAAUUCAAAUUUCCUCGGAGAAUAAACUGGGUGCCUUGGAUCCCAAGUUCAAUCAGCAGAAGAUAACUGCAAACGGGAGCUCUGCUUUCCAAAAUCCUGCUCAUAUUGGUAGUGGAGGCAGCAACCAUGUUGAGUCAGCAUUGGAUCCGAAGAUUUCAAAUGCUAAAGAGUCUGAACAAAAUAAUUUCCCAUCGAGCAAUAAAAAUAUGGACGAGAGACCUUUUUCUGGAAGUUUCUCAUCAAGUGAACGGUUAUCUCAACCAAAAGAUACUUCUGAAUCAUCUAGAUCUGAUGAGAGACCUUCUGAAUCAAAAGCAGAGCCUCCUGCUGAUUCAUCUAACAAAGAUACUGAUAAGUCUGAUCAUUCCCAACCCUCUUCCAACCCACAAGUUGUGGACGGUGCAGCGCUGCCAAACUGUUCGAAGAUUUCAAAUGCAAAAGAGUGUCAACAAAAUAAUUUCCCAUCGAGCAAUAAAAAUAUGGAUGAGAGACCUUUUUCUGGAAGUUGCUCGUCAAGUGAACGGUUAUCUCAACCAAAAGAUACUUCUGAAUCAUCUAGAUCUGAUGAGAGACCUUCUGAAUCAAAAGCAGAGCCUCCGGCUGAUUCAUCUAACAAAGAUACUGAUAAGUCUGAUAAUUCCCAACCCUCUUCCAACCAACAAGUUGUGGAUGGAGCAGCGCUGCCAAACUGUGCAGAAGUUCCAUCAAAGAAAUGCGAUGACCAUAAUCAUGCUUUGAAAGACCCAGAUAUUUCUCACUCAGGAGGAAAUCCUGACUAUUCUUUAAGAUAUGACAUCAAACGGGAUGACCAAGGAGGUGCACAAGCAAAUACUUGUGAAAGUUCUGUAGCUAGUGGUAGGGCUUUAGACCAUUCUGGAUUGUCUACAGAUGGCUUGAAAGCUGUUCAAUGGAUUGGCGAUGCGGUUCAAGUUAACGAUGAAAAAUUAUUUUACCGUACUUGUUGCAUUGAUGGGGUAAUGUAUAAGCUGCAAGAUCAUGCUCUUUUCCACUCGAGUCUUGGAAAAUUGAUACCCUCAAAGCUUCAAUCCAUGUGGGAGGAUAGAAAAACUGGGUCAAAGUGGGUUAUUGUCAACAGGUGCUACUUUCCCGGUGACUUGCCAGAGAAUGUUGGUCGCCCAUCUACACCUGAAAGCAAUGAGGUCUAUGAAUCUAAUCAUGAUAGCACGGUAAUGGCGGGCUUGAUUCAAGGUCCAUGUGAAGUUCUUACUCCCACUAAGUUCAGCAAAGAAAGUGAAAAACGGAGCAACUUGGGACCUGAGGCAAAUAAUGAAUUACAACCAAUAUUUCUGUGCAAAUGGAUUUAUGAUGAAUUUAAAGGAUUAUUGCAGCCUGUGUCCCAGUAAUCGACUUAUGCACAUGUUUUCUUUUGGUGGUUUGAAAUUCUCCAUGGUUAUGGAACUCGAUCAUGGUCUCUUUGAUCAGGUAGCCUUUUGCAAAUGGGGCAUCGUUAGCUCAUCCUCAGAGAAGGGGGUUUCAACAUUCGACGUCUUGUAUAAUAUGUAGCUGUAAGCUGUAGCCUAGGUGUUCUAUUGUUUGUAUCUUCAAAAUAGCAAUCCAAGUUAUAAUCUUGCGAGCCCCUUUUUUUGGGUGCUUCCUGUUAUUCCGUUAUCGUAUUAGUUAAUUUUACCAAUUCAAAUUGAAUUUAUUCUCA